AUGGAAUGUCGCUCUCGAUCGCGGUCUCCACCACGUCGGUCGUCUGGCAGUCGCUGGCAGAAGAAAUCACGAUCACGAUCGAAUUCGUUACAAGGAACUACAAGACGAAAGAAGCAAUUUAAACACACUCGUUCGUCGCCUCGUCGUCAGCGCAAUGAAGACAAGAAGACGCAUGGGUGGGGAAAGCAAGAAGAUGAGGAAAAGGAGGAGUCCAUUGAGAUGGAGAAGCCUAAUUUUGGACUCACAGGCGCGUUGGCGAAAGACCAGACAACGGGCAACAUGCAGAAUGGAGUAGUCAUCAAGUUUUCUGAACCUCCUGAAGCUCGACAGCCGACGAAACGUUAUCGGUUAUAUGUGUUCAAGGACGACAAGAACAUUGCUACGCUUCACGUGCACCGCAAGAGCGCGUUCCUUGUCGGACGUGACAAGGCUGUGGCUGAUAUCCUGACGGAGCAUCCAUCGUGCUCGAAGCAACACGCUGUGCUACAGUACCGGAUGUACCAGAGAGAGACUGAGGAUGGUUUCGGGUUUGAGCAGGAAGUGCGGCCGUACAUCAUGGACCUCAAUAGCACCAACUCGACGUUCCUCAACGGCCGUAAAGUCGAAAGCUCGCGCUAUAUUGAGCUCAAGGAAAAGGACGUGCUUACAUUUGGCGAGAGUACGCGGGAGUACGUGCUGAUGUGUGCAACCUAG